AUGACUGAGCUCAUGACUGGUUUCUCUGCCACUGCUACAGCUGGCGUCUUUGCCCUGGCACAGGGGCACUCACUGGUAGCCCAGAAUAUCAAUUAUGACAAUUAUUUUUAUCCCCAAUCCAAAGUACACUUAUUCCUUCAGGCUGAUGAUCCUCUAAAUAUUAGAACAGCUUCCUCUAGAGAGGGCCGUGAAACUUUAUGGGGCGGCGCGGGGUCAGCGGGCCCGGGCGGAGCAGGGCCCUGCGCGGCUGUGUCCGUGUUCCCCGGCGCCCGCCUCCUCACCAUUGGCGACGCGAACGGCGAGAUCCAGCGGCACGCGGAGCAGCAGGCGCUGCGCCUCGAGGUGCGCGCCGGCCCGGACGCGGCGGGAAUCGCCCUCUACAGCCAUGAAGAUGUGUGUGUCUUUAAGUGCUCAGUGCCCCGAGAGACAGAGUGCAGCCGUGUGGGCAAGCAGUCCUUCAUCAUCACCCUGGGCUGCAACAGUGUCCUCAUGCAGUUCGCCACACCCGACGAUUUCUGUUCUUUCUACAACAUCCUGAAAACCUGCCGGGGCCACACCCUGGAGCGGUCCGUGUUCAGCGAGCGGACGGAGGAGUCUUCUGCCGUGCAGUACUUCCAGUUUUAUGGCUACCUGUCCCAGCAGCAGAACAUGAUGCAGGACUACGUGCGGACAGGCACCUACCAGCGCGCCAUCCUGCAAAACCACACCGACUUCAAGGACAAGAUCGUUCUUGAUGUUGGCUGUGGCUCUGGGAUCCUGUCGUUUUUUGCCGCCCAAGCUGGAGCACGGAAAAUCUACGCGGUGGAGGCCAGCACCACGGCCCAGCACGCCGAGGUCUUGGUGAAGAGUAACAACCUGACGGACCACAUCGUGGUCAUCCCGGGCAAGGUGGAGGAGGUGUCACUCCCGGAGCAGGUGGACAUCAUCAUCUCGGAGCCCAUGGGCUACAUGCUCUUCAACGAGCGCAUGCUGGAGAGCUACCUCCACGCCAAGAAGUACCUGAAGCCCAGCGGAAACAUGUUUCCUACCAUUGGUGACGUCCACCUUGCACCCUUCACGGAUGAACAGCUCUACAUGGAGCAGUUCACCAAGGCCAACUUCUGGUACCAGCCAUCGUUCCACAGAGUGGACCUGUCGGCCCUCCGAGGUGCCGCGGUGGAUGAGUACUUCCGGCAGCCUGUGGUGGACACAUUUGACAUCCGGAUCCUGAUGGCCAAGUCUAUCAAGUACACGGUGAACUUCUUAGAAGCCAAAGUUGGGAGUGGAAACAUGGAUGAGUCCAGCUUUGUGAGCAAAUUUCAUUGCCACUGA